CAGUAUACUUUGACACAACGCUUAAGAACUUUCAAGAAAUAUCGACCAAUUGUUUAAAUUCGUCAGUCUUCAGUUCCGCUUUGCCGCCAGUUUCCGCCCCGGUCUCUCCCAUUUUUGCGUCGCCUUCUUUCGAGCGACGACAGUGGCGUCGUUGUCGCCAGGGUCGCCAAAGGAAGCGCUCGAGUUUGGUGGCGAUUCCUGACACGAUCUGGGGAGAAGGCGGUCGCUUCAAAUGGGAGGAGCCAAUUACAACUCAGUUCGAGUCAAACCAUCGUUAAAGCAACUUCCAAGAUCUGAGGACAAACAAAGUCCUCCAGCCCAGCCGUGUGUAGUGGGGUCGACUUCACUGAUUUGGACAGUUUUAUGUCGUGUCUACCAUGACCUCGAGUUUGGCACAAAAACACUCGAACAAAGCUUUAAAGCCCUCGGGGAGUCCUCCGAGGAUCUGUGUGGGAUGUAAGGGACCUAUCUUGGACCAAUUCAUCUUACGUGUGGCUCCCAAUCAAGAGUGGCACGGAUCCUGCUUGAAGUGCUCGGAAUGUAAAAUGUCCUUGGACGAGACGUGCACAUGCUUCGUUCGAGACCAGAAGAUCUACUGCAAAAAUGAUUAUGUAAGGCUCUUCAGUGCUCGCUGUGCCAAGUGCCAGGACCUCUUCUCGCCCGAUGAUUUUGUGAUGCGAGCCAAGAACCAGAUCUUCCAUCUGAAGUGCUUCCAGUGUUUGUGCUGCGGUAAACAGCUCGUCCAGGGUGACGAAUUCGCGCUGAAGAAUGACAAGAUCUUCUGCAAGCACUGCGCAGACUUAGAGGCUUUUGACGAGCGGUUUGAGGAGAUCCCCGAGCGAAAUAACAAUAAGCGAGAUAACUACAGACACGCCGAUCAUUACCAGCACCUUUUCGCGGAAAUGGCCUCUAAGGCCCACACCCAAGAGUGUGCAUCAAGCACGACGAGUGAAGGAUUGAAGUCCUUCAAGGAGGAAUCAGGGGAGGAAAAGGAGCUGUUUGACUUUGACGACGAAGAUGAGGACAACUCGUCUGACAUGAAAUUCAAUGGACGGGAUAUGAAGAGAUCUAGCGUAGAUGAGAGAAUUGAAGGCACCCCAGAUAGCCACUCCUCUUCUGAUGGAACACUGAAAUCUCCAGCAUUGGGUGAAGAUCAGCAGCACCAGGUCCGGCGCGGUCGCGCUGGCCGGGUGCGUACUGUUCUGACUGAGAAACAGCUGAACAUGCUCAAAAGCUGCUAUCAAGUGAACAAACGUCCAGAUGCGCUCGUCAAGGAGCAACUGGUGGAGCUGACCGGCUUGUCGCCGCGAGUGGUCCGAGUUUGGUUCCAAAACAAGCGCUGCAAGGACAAAAAGAAGAUGGCGCUUCUCCAGGAAAAGGAGAGCCAAAAGCACGGCUAUGGAAGUAUGCACGGUAUUCCAAUGGUAGCCUCCAACCCUGUGAUCAACGACACCAGCUUGAUUCCUGCCAUGGCCAACCAGCCUGUUGACGUUCAGCAUUUUGAGGCACCCUGGAAAUCCUUGUACGACUUCGCGUCCAACUUGGAUCCGGACAAGAUCGGCCGAUAUCCUCCAUUCCAGCCGCUCUCCCAACAAAUUCAUGGUAUCGAUAUGAGCAUCAAUGGAGGAGCUCCACCUCAUUCCUAUCACGGCCACGUUUACCAGGAUGCACGGUCGUCUGAUUUUCAUGGCCCCACCGACCUCUCCUACCUACCGGCCUCUACGAGCAACUCGUUUCCUUCGGGCUUCUUGCCGGAAGAUCCCAUGGCCUCGAGGUCAAUGCCGAUGAGCGAGCACUCGGUGGAGUCGGCCACCAAUUACACCUUGACAUCCUUGGACUCGGCCACGAGUCCUGUGGGCAGUGAAACUUAAGUACUCUGGACGGUGGACAUUCUCAUUACCCCCGUGUAGACUUUGAGCUCUCAUCACGAGCGUGCAUUGUUGCAUCCUUGUGAUAUUGGAUGUCUUUCAAAUCAUACGUGUAUGUGUAUAAGGUACCACUUAUUGUCCCUUUCCUAGGCACCGCACAGCAGUCGUUGAAUUUGUUUUAUAUUAGUAUGACAAAAAGCACUGGAAUUCAUAUAAGCCGUCACCAAUAUCUUGUUCUUUUGCUAUCUCCAUUCUAUCCCGGAUAUGAAAAUAUAAAUUUGAGUACAUGAAAAAAGCAAA